GGACAAUGUAUUAUUUUAUUAUUAAUGUUCAACACAUUUUUUUAAUAAUUGUUUUCUUUUUAAUUAACGACUGGUCAACCGAUUUGUCAGUUAAUGCACGCUUUGGAAGGCCUACACUUCCAGCAAGACCUCUACUUCCAGCACAUCCUUCUCGAACCUUUCCCAGGCCCAGACCCAAUCUAUCUAGACCCUUUCCACUUAGAGCCCCUCCUCGUGGGCGUCCCUUUACAAAUGCACCAGUUCAACGGAAUUUUGGAGUAAAGGGAAGAAAUUUGCCUUUAGCCUUUUCUAGGUACUUAUUACUGUAAAACCUCAUUAUAAGAUACCCCCAAUAUUGGAUACACCUCUAUUUAAGAGACAAUUCUAUCUAAGAUACGCUCUUCAAAAUUAUUGGUUGGCCACUGGAUAGGAGAGGUGCGAUACACCCUAUUUAAUGGACACCUCAUUAUAAGGCACGUUUUUUCGGUCCAGGGGUGUAUCUUAUAGCUGAUUGACUCAGACUUCUAAAAGUUAAUUUUCCUUUUUAUCUAGAAAGCCUUUCGGUCAAUUGAGGGCUCCUGCAGCACAUCAUAGACCACCAGCAACUCUUGCUCACAUUCCUUUAAAUUUAAUAUUUACUCCUGGAGCUCCUGGAACUGGAUAGAAAAUUGAAGAAUAAUUUUUUUAUAUUUUUUUUUCUAAUAUUAUAUAGAAAUUUAAUUGGAUAAAUAGAAAAAUAACAAAAAAUGUACGCAAAGAUUUUGCGAUCAGGAAAAAAUUUGCAGCAAAAAUUUUGUGGAGUGACUAAAGUCCGCAAAAAUAU